AUGGCUGCGCCCACUCUAGCUUCAGUCUUUGAGAGGCUGGUCUCGAAGGAUAAGGACCUGAGAGAGAUGUCAACAUACGACUUAAUAGAGAUGUUAAAAAAGCCAGAAUGGAAACGGGACACCGAUCAGGAAAAGAAGCUGUGUGAGCUCAUCCUCAAGCAGCUGGAUGACACGUCUGGAGACGUCUCCAGCCUCGCUGUCAAGUGCCUUGGGCUUUUGGUGCGGAAAGUGCACUGGGAACAGGCCGAGAGGAUCCUAGACUUGCUAUGUGCAAGGCUUGUGUCUGGCAAGAAGGAACAGGACAGAGAGAUUGCCAGCAUUGCCCUGAAGACUGUCAUCAAUGAGAUAUCAGGCGCUGAGCUGAGCGGCCUUGUGGUGAAGAAUGUGGUGCCGAAACUGCUGCAAGGAAUGCAAUCAAAGGAGCAUGCUGACUUGGCCACAGCUAGCUUGGACAUCAUGAACGAUGUUCUGUUGAAGUUUGGCCCUAUGCUUGGCACAGAACACACUCAGCUGAAAGCAAUCUUGCUGCAAGAGCUGAUUGGCACCAGGGCAGGCAUCAGGAAGAGGGCCAUCACCUGCCUAGGCUCCCUCGUGCCAUACCUGUCAGAUGCCCUGCUGGACAGCGUAUCUUUGGAGAUCCUCAAGGAACUCCAGGGGCCUGGUGCCAACUCAGAAGCUACACGAGUGCUUAUACAGGCCUUAAGUGCAGUUGGGCGAGCUGCCGGGUGGCGCUUUGGCCGGCACCUUGACAUGGCAGUCCCUUCGGUGGUGGAGCACUGGAAAGCUGCUGGCGAGGGAGACGAUGAGCUGAGGGACUACUGCCUGCAAGCUCUGGAGGCCUUCGUCCUGCGGAGCCCACUGGAUUCCAAGCGCCAUCUGGACUCCAUAUUUGACAUCGCGCAGCAGAGCUUGUCCUACGAUCCCAACUAUGCUGACGACAUGGAGCAGGAUACAGAGGAAGAUGAAGAAGACGAGGAAGCGAUGUCGGACGAUGAUUUCUCAGACGACGAUGACACGAGCUGGAAAGUGCGCCGUUCUGCAGCCAAGUGCCUGGUGGCCAUCAUCAACAACUACGCUGACCUGCUCAACUCCCUGUACCCCAAAGUCAGCCCCCUGCUGGUUGCGCGCUUCAAGGAGCGGGAGGAGAAUGUCAAGAUCGAUGUCUUCCAUGCCUUCAUAGAGUUGCUGCACCAGGUGGGGGGUGCUGCAAGCAGGGACCGAGCUUCUCAGGCGUUCAAGCAGCUGCAAGAAGAAUCGCCGGAGGUCCUGAAGGCAUCCUUCCGACAGCUGCGUGAUAAGUCGCUCAAGACGCGAGCUGGAGUGCUUCUCACUCUGAAAGAGCUUAUCAGCGUUGUUCCAAAGUGCCUCAGCCAUGACGUGGAGCAGCUACUGCCAGGACUCACUGCAGCCCUCAAUGACCGGAGCAGCAACAGCUCUCAGCUCAGGAUACAAGCGCUGCAAUUCCUGAGCGUGGCACUGGAAAAGAGCGAUCCAGGGGUCUGGCAGCCUCACGUGCCUGCACUCUCCAAACCCAUUCUCACUGCAGUGGCAGAGCGCUAUUCCAAAGUCUCUGCCGAGGGCCUGCGUGUGUGCGAAGCUCUGAUUCACGUGAUCCGUCCCAACACAAGCAGCAGUGUGCCUCCCUCCUUGCAGAAUCUCGUGAGGCCCCUUUUGACGUCUGUGAAAGAGCGCCUCGAUGCCCAAGACCUGGACCAGGAGGUAAAGGAGUGCGCGAUCUCCUGCACGGCUACCAUGCUGGCCAAACUUGCAGAGUCUUUGCAGGCAGACGUGCCUGCACUGCUCCAGGUUUUGCUAGACAGACUGCGCAAUAGCACAACGCGCCUCACGGCUGUCAAGGCAUUCACAGAGAUCGCAGAGUCGCCCUUGCCUCUGGACCUGUCUCCAGUGCUGGAGCCCCUGCUGGCGGAGUUGACAUCAUACCUGCGCAAGGCAAACCGCCAGCUCCGCCAAGCCUCUCUGGCUGCCUUGGAGUCGGUCAUGUCCAGGCAAGGGGCAGCAGCCAGCUCGGCCAGUGUGACAGCAGCUGUGGAUGAAGUGGUGGCUCUGGUCAGCGACACGGAUCUGUUGACCACCCCGCUGGCCCUCCAUUUCUGCCUGACAGUGCUUCCCCAGCAGCCCCAGAAUGCGGAACAGAUCGCAGCCAAGUUCCUGCCAGCAGCUUUGCGGCUGGUCAAGAGCCCCCUGCUACAGGGCGCUGCACUUGAGGAGCUGCUGGCACUUUUUCCCGCUAUCCUGGAGUCGGAAGGAACAAACACGUCAUUUGACAGCUUGCUGGCAUCACUCCUGGCAGCCGGCGUUGCAGCUGAGACGGGGAAAGCAGCGCAGCACAGCGUGGCCCAAUGCAUUGCAAGGAUGACUGUAAAUGCAGGAGCUGAUCGGAUCUCAAUGGUCGUGAAAGGGCUUCUGGGUCAGCUGCAGAGCGGUAAUGCAACAUGGUCGAGUAACGGAGGGGAGGGGCGAGGCAGGAAGAGAUCAGCAACUGAAGAGUCCGCCACAGGAGCGGAAAGUGCUCGGCGGCUGGCGUUGCUGGGGCUAGGAGAGAUCGGGCGAUGUACAGACUUGAGUGCAUUCCCGCAGCUGCAGCAAGCUCUCACGAGCGCCCUCACAAGCCCAUCAGAACAGAUCAAGGCUGCCGCCUCCCUGGCCCUUGGUGCUGUCAGCAUUGGAAACCUGGACGCUUACCUGCCCUUCGUCAUCCAGCAGAUCAAUGAGCAGGCUGCAAAUCCAAAGGAUCAGUACCUGCUGCUGAAGGCCCUGAACGAGGUCAUCGUGAGCCUGACAUCCGACAUGGGCAACAAGCAGCUGUCACCAGCACACCAGCAGGAGGUGCUGCGCCUGCUGCUGGCCAACUGCGAGGUGGAGGAGGAGUGCAGGAAUGUUGUGGCGGAGUGCAUGGGCCACCUGGCGUUGCUGUUCCCUGCAGAGGUGCUGCCCGCGCUGCUGCAGAGGCAUUCCGACCCAUCCCCCUCGGCCCGCGCUGCCGCCAUCACCGCCGUGAAGGCCGCUGUCGUCCCAGGGCCCCACCCCAUCGAUGACCUCCUGAGGGACUCCAUCGAGCCCUUCCUCGAGCUCAUGUCCGACCCAGACAGGGGGGUGCGCAAGGCGGCGGUGCAGAUGCUGAGCAGCGCGGCGCACAACAAGGCGGCGCUGGUGGCGGAGCAACUGCCGCGGGUGAUGCCGCGCGUGUACGCGCAGACGGCGGUUGACCAGUCCCUCAUUCGCGUCGUGGACCUUGGGCCCUUCAAGCACAAGAUCGAUGAUGGCCUGGAGCUGCGCAAAGCGGCCUUUGAGGCCAUGGACGUGCUGCUGGACAACUGCGUCGACCGCCUCGACUUCCAGGCCUUCAUCCUGCACCUGGAGUCCGGCCUCAAGGACCACUAUGAUGUGAAGCUGCCGUGCCACCUGCUGCUGGCCAAGCUGGCGAGUGCUGCGCCGGGGCAGCUGCUGUCCGCGCUGGACCGCCUGGUGGAGCCCCUGGAGAAGACCCUCACCGCGCGCGUCAAGACCGACGCUGUCAAACAGGAGGUGGAUCGCAAUGAGGACAUGCUGCGCAGCGCACUCAGGGCCACAGAUGCAAUCACGCGCAUUCCAGGCGUGGAGACCUGCCCCCCCUUCAAGCUGCUCAUGGACAACACUGUCCUGACAGGCACCUUGGCAGACAGGUACAAAGCUGUGCGAGAAGAGCGCGCCGAAGCAGAGGGCACCACAUCUGUUCCGGCCAUGAAGUGAGCUAGUGACUGUAAUUGUGACCUCGUGGCCUUAUUUACUGUGGGUUUGGCAGCGUCAACUGUGAUACUUGUGUUGCAUAUUAGGUGAGUCUUGCUGCGUUUUGCAUGUGAAGACUCUGUGUAAUUUGUUCGUGC